GACGGACCAUUGAUUCCAUCAUUGACAUUGAUGCGCCUCAUGGAGAAGCGCACGCAACCGUCGAUUCACACAUAUACAACAAAUACACCACGCCGUGUCUCUCACGCACACGCCACACACCGCACACCCUCGCUAUCUUUUGACAUCCUGCUGGUUCCCCUCCUCCCCGCCCCCCUCCCCUACCAGCGUAUCGACCGGAGCCAACCUUGGCUUCCCCCUCCCCCCACCCUUGUCCCGCCUUGGCUUUGCCCCUUGGCUUUUGCUGCGCUCCAGAUCGGCGUAUGCCUCGUCAAGCAGCGAGUCGAGAGACCCACUUCUCAAUUCGAAGAGGGGGGAGGGGGUUGGGGCCUUCUCGUAGUCAUCGUGCCCAUCUGGAGUGCUGUCAGGAGGGGGAGGGAUGGCCGUCACGAUGAUGGACCGCUUCCCUGGGGCUAGGUCAUCCACCCACACACGCACCUCCUGCACCACGGACAACACCCCCAGGCAGACAACUGGAGUGUGCACCGAUGGUGUGCGUCUCUCCCUGUCUGCCGGUAGUCGACUUACCUGUCCCUCUUUGAAGUAAUCGCGCACAUUGGGGACGUACUCAUUUGCGAUCUUCCCAAUCGGAAGAAGCCCAGCGCGGUCGGCGCCCGGCAGCUUCAAGAUGGCAUGCUUCGGGAAAAUGCGGUCGACCAUCGCGCCCUUGACCUCAUCGCCCACCUUGUAGUCGAUGCGGAUCGGGGCCUGCCUCGCGCCGGCCCCCUUCUUUGUCUGCAGCUCGCUGAGGAGCUUCUGAAUCUCUUCCUCGCUCCCCUGAGCUUGCUCGAGCAAGGCACCCGUCUCCUCACGAGCAGUGACGCGCAGCCGGCCAUUUUCUUGCACUUCUUUCACCCACACAGUCAGGUUCUGCACACACACACACACACACACACGCAUACACACACAGAGGUUGCAGAUUGAUGAUGGCGGCAUUCUGUGUGUCAUGCCGAUAUCUAAUACGUACGUUGCCGACGGGGUACACUGCCCCCAGGUUGGGAACGAAGCUGUCCCCCUCGGGCGUCUCGGACACAUGCAGAAAUCCCUCCCGGAACUCAUUCAGCUUGACAAUGACAAAGGCCGGGGCCACCUGGACCACCUGGGCGUUGUCGAAUCGCGUGCCGAGGGGGAUGGGCGUUUCAUCGGUGAUGCCCUUUAUGUACUCGAGGACUUCCCGGCCCUUGCGGGGGUCCUCUGCGAGGAUCUGCACCAGCCCGUCGUCGCUGACGGUGAUCUUGACGCUGUAGUCUUCCUCCAGCUGACGCACACGCUCGCCACCCCUGCCGAUGACGUCGCCCAUCUGGGAAGGCUUGAUCUGAAUGACAGAUGACACAGCAGACAUGCAACCAUGCAGCGACAGCAUGUCCACGCUGUGUGUGGUGCACGCUACGGCACCUGGUGGGUGAAGAUCUGAGGCGCCCAUGGUGACAGUGAUGUCCGUGGCUCGGCGAUUGUCGCCGACAUUUCGUUGAGGAUGUGCAUGCGGCCCUCCCUUGCCUGCGCGAGGGCCUCCUUGAGCACACUUCCGUCUAUGCCCCCGAUCUUGAUGUCCAUCUGGAGGGCCGUGAUGCCCUGAACACACACGCAUACACACACACACGCAGAGAGAGAGAGAGAUGGCACCUCUAUCGAACACACCCAUUGUGACUGCAUGCGUAGCAUACCUCUGUAGUGCCGGCCACUUUGAAGUCCAUGUCGCCCAGGGCGUCCUCAAAGCCCAUAAUGUCCGUCAGCACGGCGAACAGGGGGCCGUUGGGGUCCUUGAUCAGACCCAUGGCCACACCCGCCACAGGCUUCGAUAAGGGCACUCCCGCAUCCAUCAGCGCCAGGCUAGACGCACAGACCGUCGCCAUCGAGCUGACAGAGGGAAAGAGGCGAAAGACGGUUGGAGGGAGGGUCUGGCUGCGUGUGUGUGUGCGAAUGGGUCUUGCCUGGAUCCGUCGGAUUCGGUGAUCUCCGAGACGACUCGGACGGUGUAGGGGAAGGCAAAUUCGGACGGCAUGAGGGUUUGCAGGGCCCUGCGGGCCAGCCACCCAUGGCCGAUAUCUCGCCGCUUUGGGCGACCCAGAAAACCUAUCUCGUUGACCUGCAGACCGACACACGACAUGCCGUGCACAACACAUUAAUGCCACAUCGGCGUCAUGCCGUUUCUGUGCCGAUUCCUUCACCGACCGAGUAGGGAGGGAAGUUGUAGUGCAGGAUGAAGGGGAGGCGGUCGGAGCGGACAUCAUCGAUCUGCUUGGCGUCACGGUCGCCGCCCAAUGUCACCGUCGACAGAGAUUGUGUCCCGCCCCUGCACCCAUACCACACAGGCACAAUGAAUGCCGGCAGUCUGUGUGCAUUGCAUCAUUCCUCCCCUACGCACCUUGUGAAGAGCGCCGAUCCGUGCACUCGUGGCAGGAGGCCGACGCUGCAGGCGAUGGACCGCACUUCCUUCAGGCCGCGUCCAUCCACACGCACGCCCUCGGACAGCACGCGCUGCCGCAUCCUCUCCUUCACCCUGCUCUCCAGCAUGCCCGUGACCACAUGCAUCAUCUCGGGGUCGUCACAGGCAGCCCUCAGCUGCGCCUCGGCGUCCUUGGUCAGCUCGGCACGGCCCCCCUUGUCGCCCGUCCGCACAAUCGCAUCGGCCAGAUGGUCUAUCGUGGCAUCCAGCCCCAACGGUAGACGGCGGGAUUCCUGGUCGGGAGGAGGGGUCAUCUGUGUGAAUGCUGUGUUGCGGCCGGCUUUGUCGGCGAGUUGCUGAAUGGCUUCGAUUGCCCUCCUGGCCUGCUCAUGGCCGUAGAGAAUGCCGCCCAGAACCACCUGUGUGGCACGCACCCACAGCAGAGGAGGGCGGCUUGUGCACGGCCGAGGAGUCAUGUCGUGUGCAUGUCACCUCUUCGGUGAGCUCGUUGGCUUGUGCCUCCACCAUCAUGAUGGCCUCAGAAGUGCCUGCAACUGUCAAGUCGAGACCCUGCACACGCAUAUGAAGGCAGCCGCACACACGUAUGUAUGCCUAAUCGACACGACACACGAUCUCUUCCCCCAGACAAGACACACUCACCGAGAUGUCGUCUUCCGCAGCGGUCGGGUUGAGCACAUACUCGCCAUCGACGUAGCCCACACGAGCGGCGCCAAGAGGCCUCUGGAAGGGCACACCUGCGAGGGUGAGGGCUGCGGAUGCGCCGAGCAGUGCCGGAAUGGCCGGGUCGACGUUCUCAUCGUAGCUGAGGAGGGUGGUGACGAUCUGCACCUCGCGCUUGAACCACUUGGGGAAGAGGGGGCGUAUCGGACUGCAGACAGGCAGGCAAAAGGCGGGUGAGAUGGAGAUUGGCAGGUCUGCUGACUGAUCCUCUCUCGUUGGGUUACCGGUCAAUGAGUCGUCCGAUGAGUAUCUCCGGGUCUUGUUGCGACAUCUCCCGCUUUGUCCAGCCACCGGGGAUGCGCCCAGCGCUGUACACCUUCUCCACAUAAUCCACCCUGGCAUGGCAACAUAGAAAGGGAGGACACUGACUGAUUCAAACGAUCUUCGCCUAGCUGUCCAUCUCACCUAAGAGGGAAGAAGUCCUUGUCAGUGUCCCUCUCGCUCACAGUGACAGCCGACAGCACCACGCAGUCCCCCAUCCGAACCAUCACCGAGCCAGCAGCCUGACGUGCGACGUUGCCCGUCUCGAGAAUGACGUCAUAGUCGCCAUACUUCUCGAUCGUCUGUCGGUGCACUGUCUGAGCCGCCGAGGGAAGAACCUCCCAGUAGCUCUCGCCAGGCUCGGAAUGAGGCACGGAGAAGGGCAGAUCUGACAGACAGCGAUACACAAAGGCCGAGAGAGGGAGAAGAGGUUUAGGGAGGGUCCAGGACGGUGUGCGUCACAUCAUGCAGUCAGCAUCGCCAGACAUGUGAUCUCCCCCGUUGGCUCUGCCCCACGUCUGACACCUCCCCCACUAUCGACUCAUACGCGAGGGGGCAACACGGUGGGACACUCACAUGCGCACACCCAUACACAAACAUAUGAUGUAUGCUCACCGCUCUCUGUUGUGGCGUCAUCGUGCGACUGCACACUCUCAGGGCUCACGUCCGUCGACACGCUGAAUGGAGCUGACCGAAGACGACUCGUCAAUGGCUGCUGUAACCUCUGAAGGCCUUCACUGACAAGAGGAUGGGCAAAACCUGCGGGCAUGGAGAGAAAAAGCACGCACGCAUUCAAUCGUCCUUUGCAUCUCUCUCCCUACCUGCUGCAUCGCCAGAGCCACGCCGCAACGCAGAGGCAAGAUCCACAAGCGCGCCGAGAGCACAGACAAAGUGGACGAGUCUCCAGCUGCUGCUUCCCAUCGGCUUCAUUGUGCAGACAGCGGGACAGCCUCAGAUCUUCACCAGCGACGACAAACAAUGGACUUCACCGAUUCAUUCAUCAGAUUCUUGGCUUCUGAGGGAGAUCUCCAUGAAUCAGUGGCUGAUCAUAGCAGAAAGAGGCUCCUCAAGCAAGCCAACCAUCAGG